AUGGAAAAUGAAAUUGAAAAUGAAGAAAAGAAAUUUGAUAAUGAUAAAAUUGUAAAACUAAUUAUAAUUGGGUGUGGUCAAAGAGGAUUUGUUUAUAGUAGAUAUGCUAUCGAAAGACCAAAUAGAUUAAAGAUUGUUGCAGUUUGUGAUCCAAUUAAAUUUAGAAGAGAUAAAUUUGGUUUAGAAUUUGGAUUAAACUCUAAUAUGAUAUUUGAAAAUUGGAAUGAAAUUAUUUCAAUAGAUAAAUUUGCUGAUGCAGUAUUGAUAGCAACACCUGAUCAAUUACAUUGUGAACCUGCAAUUGCAUUCGCCAGUAAAAAGUAUCAUUUAUUAGUUGAGAAACCAUUGGCAAUAACUCUAGAAGAUUGUGAAAAAAUUACAGCAGCCUGCAAAGCCAACAAUGUAAUGUUAUCAGUAUGUCAUGUAUUAAGAUAUGCACCAGUGAAUAUAAAAAUUAAACAUUUAAUUGAUAGUGGUUUAAUUGGUGAAGUAUUAAAUAUUCAACAUUUAGAACCAGUUGGAUAUUAUCAUCAAGCUCAUUCAUAUGUUAGAGGUAAUUGGAGAAACCUUUCAGGUUCAACCUUUAUGUUAUUAUCAAAAUCAUGUCAUGAUCUUGAUUUAAUUCAUUAUUUUAUGGGAGGCAGGAAAUGUAAAAAAGUUUCAUCAUUUGGUAGUUUAACAUACUUUAAAAAGGAAAAUAAACCAAUUGAAGCUGGUAAUGCAAUGAAAUGUUUUGAAUGUCCAAUUAGUAAUAAAUGUCCAUAUAGUGCUCAAAAGAUUUAUUUAGAACGUUAUCCUUGGAAAAAUCAUGUACUAGUACCAGAUAGAGAACCAACCAAAGAGAAUGUUCAAUUUGCCAUUGAAAAUGGUCCAUAUGGUAGAUGCGUCUAUGAGAGUGAUAAUGAUGUGGUUGAUCAACAAAUUGUAAAUUUAGAGUUUGAAGGUGGUGCACUAUCUUCUUUUAGUAUGGUAGCAUUCACUGAGAGCAUGUGUGUACGUAAAAUUAGAAUCUUUGGUUCAAUGGGUCAAUUAGAAUGUAACAAUGGAUAUGAUAUCAUCUAUGAUGACUUUAAAUUUGGUCAAAAGGAAAUCUUUAAACCACCUGUAAUUCAAAAAACUAAAAUGUCAAAUCAUGGUUCCUCAGAUUAUUAUCUCAUGAGAUCAUUUAUUUAUGCUAUAUCUGAAAAUGAUCCAACUCAAAUAUUAUCUGGUCCUGAUGAUACUCUAGCUUCCCAUAAAUUAGUAUUUGAUUCUGAAAAUUCAAGAUUAAAUAAUACAAUUUUAAAUUUUUAA